UUAUCCACUUGCGCCUCUUCUUCUACAAAAUCAUAUACAUUAACUCCCUUCCUUCCAUCAAUGGCUUUCCCGUUUCGGUUUCUUGCCGAUUGCCGUCUCUCGGCGUCCUUGCGCGCAUAAAAGCGGGGUUCUUGAUCUCGACGACCCUUUUAAAUGGGCUCCAGGGUACUACAACAUCGGAUCUGACCUAAAGGUCCCACAGCUCGCAGUCGAGAUCAUACAGUUUUGGGUUCUUCUUGCUGAUCGAAGAUUGGGAUCGAUGGGCGGAGUCUGCUCUUCGGGGCCCUUGGCGGAUCAAGAAGAAAGCUCUGCUUUCCAUGAGGAGGAGAUGCAGCCGUGGCGGCGGCGGUGGUGGCCGGCGAAGUUGCAGUCUGAUGGGAAGAGGCGGAGCAGGAACAGGACGGUGCCGGAAGCGGCCGGCGAGAACGGGAAGGGCAGUGGAGCGCCGCCGCUGGCAGCGGAGGAGACGGCAUUGCCCAACAAUGGGAAAUCAAAGGCAUCCGAAGUUGACUCAAUUUUUAGCAACGCCUGGAAAUUAGAAUCAUUGAAGUCACCAGGGACUCCCAACAUAGAAUGGUCCCAAACAUCGACCCCGAAAAACACCGUUUCCUGCAUCAUGUCUUGCAUUGCUGCCAGAGAGACUAGGACAGUAGAGGUCAUGGCCUUUGAGGUUGCCAACACAAUUUCCAAGGGGUCCAACCUGAUGAAAGCCCUCUCUGAACAAAGCAUGAGGCACAUGAAAGAUGUGGUGUUUCAGUCCCAAGGCGUCCAGUGCCUGGUUUCAGAUGAUCACAUACAGUUGUUUACACUUGUCGGCGCCGACAAAAGGGAGGAGUUUAAAGAGUUUGCUGCAGACGUUGCCCGGUUCGGGAACAUGUGCAGAGAUCCCAAAUGGCAUAACUUGGAUCAGCAUUUCUCCAGACUACAGGUCGUCAUGUCUCAUGCUGCUUGUGUGUUUCCUUUAUGGCUCUUGUCGAUGCACAGAUUGGACUCUGAACCCACACACCAGAAGUAUUCCAAAGAAUCAGCGGUGUUCAAUAUGAAGUAUCUGAUGGCGACUGCGCAGCAGACUGUGCAACUGUACCAUGGGAUGCGACGAUUUGACAUCUCUGAGGACAUGUACAAGAAAAGAUGCCAGGAGUACAAUGAAGGAUUGGAGAACCGAUUCCGUUUGAUUGAAUCUCUUUCGAAUACAAUGGAGAUCGAAAGAAAAUUUAUCAAGGACUUGAAGAAGACAACACUUUGGGUCAAGAAGUUGGAACAUGUUGUGGAUAAACUUGUUUGCAUUGUUCAUUUCUUGCAUUUUGAGAUCAAUAGGGUCGUUAUGAAACAAGAAGACGAAGAAUCUGUGAAGGCAGCAAUGAGGAAUCAGCAAACUUUAGGGUCCAUUAAUCUCACGGUGCAUUAUGCAAACAUCAUUUUCAAGAUAAAAACUUUGGCAUCGUUUGUACCUUCGAUUCCAAAAAGUUGUGUAGAUUCGUUGUAUGAAGCAUUGCCUCCUCGCAUCAAAUCAGCUCUGCAAACCAGGUUGAAAUCUAAUCAGUCUGAAGACAAGAGAACAGUAGAACAGCUCACAGAUGACGUGAACAGUAUACUGAAAUGGCUUUUGCCAAUGGCAGAAUCCACAACAAGGGCGGGACGUCGAAUGCUCGGAGAAUGGCAGGACCAAGGGAAUAACACUGAUCCUCAUAGGAAGCCCAACGGAACUGAUUUCGGCAGAGUGCUUAAAAUUCAGACGUUGUACCACGCUGACAAGGAGAAGACUGAAGACUACAUUCUGGACGCGGUGUUGGCUCUCCAUCAUCUCGUACGUGCAACCCGUGAGAGGCUCGACAAGUUCUUGGACAGUACUGAUCAGUUGGCGAUAAGGGUGGUGGCCGAUUCAGGUAGCCCAUGCCAUGGUGGGUCAACCAGCUCUGUUGCCGAUGGGAUGGAUAGCCCUCGAGUUCCGUUACCAACGACAAAGGUCCAUAACAGUAUCGAAUGCUAGGUUUAACAUCCAGGUGGAUCGGGCAGUUGAUAGAAGAAUCGUUCUCUGAAAUUGAAGGUGGUUUAUCUGAGACUUACUGAAAAAUGUAGCAGAAAUCAAGAAAAAAAAAUGUAGUUUAGAAAUCAGGGACUUUAGCUCAGAACUCAUCAGACAGUUUUGAGAAAAGAAAAGAGAUAGAGAUUAGACAUUGUCAGGUACAUCAGUUUAUAGUUAUACCUUUUCUUUUUUAUGGAACUCAGAUGUACAUGGUUGGAACAAAAUGAAUAUUGGCCUGAAAUGGGAAGGUUCUCUCUCCUCUAA